AUGCCUUCGACAACGAACCACUCCGAGCCGCCGGCGCCUAAGGUCGGCGGUGGCUCCGUGCUAGACGCCACUCCGGACUCCAAUGGUCAGGCCAAGCGGACGCACCACAUACCCCGGUUCGAGACCAAGGAAGCCGAGAGACGAUGGUCUCUAGAGCAAAUGGCGGGAGCAUUUCGCGUAUUUGCCAAACUGGGUUUUGCGGACGGUGCCAGUGAUCCAAUCGACCCGAGAACGUUCUGGAUCAACCCGUAUGGCAUUCACUUCGGUCUAUUAACCAUCUCCGAUAUGGUGCUCGUGGAUGAAGAUGGCAAUCGAGUUGGAGGCGCCGACAUGCCAGUCAGCACGGGCGGGUUCCUCAUCCACUCCGCAAUACAUCAAGCACGGCCUGACAUCAAUGUCGCCUGCCAUAUGCACAGCCCAUAUGGCCGUGCCUGGGCAACGUUUGGUCUGCCCAUCGAGAUGCUGAACCAGGACUGCUGCAUGUUCUACGACGAUCUCGCCGUCUACGAGGACUUUGGCGGAGUAGUCUUCGCCAAGGAAGAGGGAGCUCGCAUUGCCAAGGCACUCGGACCAUACAAGAAGAACAUCAUUCUACAGAACCAUGGCCUACUAACCGGCGGCGGGACGGUCGGUGAAGCGGCAGGCUUCUUUAUUGCACUCGAGCGCGCCUGCCAGACGCAAUUAUUGGUAGAGGCCGCUGUCAAGCCGGACGGCUCAAGAUUGAAGAAGACGUAUGUAGGAGAGGAGGAAGCGAUAUAUACAAAGAAGAACAUUGGAGGCCCAGAUGUCAUGUACAUGCAGUUCGCGCCCGAGUACCGAAUGAUACUCAAAGAAACGAAAGGGGAUUUCUUGGAAUAG